AUGCAGUAUAUUCAAUCUCCAGUUUCAACUUGUUGUUAUGGUCAAGCUUGCUCAAUGGCAUCUUUGUUGUUGGCAGCAGGCGAACCAGGCAAAAGGUACUCGCUUCCCAAUUCUAGCAUUAUGGUUCAUCAACCGAGUGGUGGAGCACGUGGACAAGCGACUGAUAUUGCUAUACACGCCAAAGAAAUCCUGAGAGUAAGGGGAAGGUUAAAUAAAAUAUAUCAAAAACACACGAAAAAACAUACUUUAGCCGAUAUUGAAAAGGCAGUAGAACGGGAUUAUUUUAUGACGGCUGAAGAAGCUCUAGAGUUUGGCUUGAUUGAUAUGAUAAUGGAGAAGAGAGAUGUGAGUGUUGAUGAGGAAUCAUCCACCCAUAUGUAG